AUGGCCAUGGUAGCGAGAGCCGCGCUGCUCCUGGCCAUGGUGGUCGUGGCAAGCGCCACCUACUGCCCCCCGCCGCCGGCGCCGGUGCCGGUGCCCCGCUACGGGUCGUGCCCCCAGAACGCGCUCAAGCUGCACGUCUGUGCCAACGUGCUGAACCUGGUGAAGGCCAAGAUCGGCGUGCCGCCAGCGGAGCCCUGCUGCUCGCUCCUCGACGGGCUUGUCAACCUGGACGCCGCCGUCUGCCUUUGCACCGCCAUCAAGGCCAACGUGCUGGGAAUCCACCUCAACGUCCCCAUCGACCUUAGCCUCAUCCUGAACAACUGCGGCAAGAUCUGCCCGGCCGACUUCCAGUGCAUCCACUAG